AUGGCCGGCGGCCAGGUCUGGGAGGACGAGACAUUGGCCGAGUGGCCCGAGGACGACUACCGCCUGUUUGCCGGCAACCUGGGCCCAGACGUCACAACCGAGAUGCUCGAGCAGGUAUUUGGCAAGUUCCCGACCAUGCAGAGGGCGCUGGUGGUGGUCGAGAAGAAAUCGGGUAAGAGCAAGGGCUACGGCUUCCUGAGCUUUGCCAGCCCCGACGACUUUUUGGCCGCCUGGCGCGAAUUCAACGGCAAGUACGUCGGAAGCCGCCCGAUUAUGCUGCGCAAGAGCACCUGGAAGAAGCGCGACGCUGACAUCCGCAAGGUCAAGCGGUUGGACAAGCGCGCCUUCAUCGAAUUCAAGAGCCGCAGAAAGUAA